UUCUCAGUGUCAAGGCGUCGUUAGAGGGUUUUGGAUCUCAGUUCCACGCAUAAAAUUGCUAAAUAAUGAAGGAGCCUUUUUGUCUUUUGCUGCUUGGUUUCGGGCUGCUAGGCUGCAUUGCCAAGCGUAAUCAUGAUCCCGAUGCGCCCAAGCUACCCAUAACACUCUACUACGAAGCGCUUUGUCCAUACUGCAUGGAGUUUGUGACAACUCAGCUGAAUCCUUCGAUGACGCGCAUGGAUAGGCUGCCCUACACGGACUUGACGCUGGUGCCCUAUGGAAAUGCGAAGGUGAACGAGGCGGGCGAACUCACCUGUCAGCACGGCGCGGAUGAAUGUGAGCUGAAUGCCUGGCAUGGCUGCAUCCUGGAGCACAAUAAUAUGACCAUAUCAUUAAAGCUAAUUGCCUGCAUGAUGCGCGGACGCAAAAACAAUCUGGAUAGGUGCGCCAAGCGCUAUAACAUAGAUGUGAGUGCUGUCAAGGAGUGCAAGAAGGCGCGCAGCGUCAAUGAAAUAUUGAAGAAAUAUGGUGAGGCAACGGCCCAAGUGGCAUUCCGAGGUGUGCCAGCCAUUGCCGUGGAUAAUGCUUAUGAUGAAACGGAUCAGGAGAGUCUAUCAGAUAAUUUUGACCAGACUUUCUGCGCCAAAUACAAAGCCAAGUUCAACAAGAGUCUAGAGAACUGUGAGCUAUCUGCAAGGAGCAACACGAUUAGAACAAAACAUUAAUAAUGGGAUUUAGCUAAGGAAAUCAGUUGCCAAAUAACAAUUUUAACACAAUUACAAAGAAACUUUCAAAAGAUCACAAUUAA